AUGUCAACAUCAGUCAAAGAGCUGCUCCUCGUCCCCUCAGACGCCAUGACUCUUCAUGGAAAAGUCCUAGGCGCAGACGCGACAGCAACAACAUAUCUUCUCAGCUGUCCACCCGACGCCGAGAGCUGUGAAAGAAACGACCAAACUAUCACCCUGGGUCCAUGGGCCGAGAAAACCCUCGCCUCAAGCGCAGACCCAACAGGAACCAUGGAUGUAGUCAUCACGGAGCCACAAGAUGGUAAAACGUGGUUUUACUCGCUCCACUGUGAGAUGAGCAGAUCUGUUGCACAGGACUGCACCAUGAUCAACAGACCGGCUAAUGGUCCCUCGACAAUUGGACCAAAGACCUACAAGGGACAGUCGGAUUUGAGGGAAAUUUAUGGUCCGACGUUUGAGUAUGGGAGAGUUACGCUUACUGCUGGGUUGGAGAAGCUCAAGAGUGAAUAUCCGACUACUACUACUGCGACGGGUGAAGCUGAGGGUACGGAAUCCGUUUCUAAGGAAACAGGCAGUUCUACGGCCACUGCUGAUGCCCCGGUGGAGUCGAAUGACGGUUCGAGAGUUUUGAGAUUUUCUUUGGCUGCAGGAUGCGCUGGACUGCUUGCUACAAUGGCUUUGUCGCUGUGA